AUGCGAGCAACGUCAGCCCUGAGCAAGGGCUUCAUGGGUCGCAGCGUCGAUGAGUUCAAGCGGUUGGCCUCAAUUGCUUUCACGGCGGAGGCCGUCAAGGGUCCCUUCGCACCGCUUCUGCUGCAGAGCUUCCCCGACGCACACUCCAUCGCAAACUGCAAGACCAUGUCCGACGAAGAGAUCGGCGGCUUCUCCGAGUGCGCCCUCGACUGGGCGCCCUCCUCGAGCGACACCGAGCCCCGACACCCCUCGUCCGCGGCCCGACCGACAGGCUACGCCCGCUUCCACGGCACGAUAUCGACAGAGCUGCCCAAGGACAAGCCCGAGAUCCAGCGCACCGGUUUUGCGGCGUGCGCACGCUCGACAGGCCGGCGACGGCAUUCGGCCGCAGCCUCUGGGACAUCGACAUGUACACGUACCUCGCGAUGCGCAUCCGGUCCGACGGCGCAGCUACUUUGUCAACCUGCAGACGGAGAGCGUCGUGCCGACGGAUCUACACCAGCACCGCCUGUUCGCAAGCGGCCGGGCGAGUGGGAGACUGUGUUUGUCAAGUGA